UCGACAGGACAGGACCACGAGAGCGGCUGCUUGCCCGCUUCGCGUGCGUUCGUGUUUACAUUCGAACUUGUUUCUAAUUUUUGGCCGAAUAUUUUUAUAUUCAUCCCCAACAAUUAUUCUGGACGAACUAGGCUUCGUUUCUAACGCCAUUCAAAAUGGUGCAGGCUGCGGCAGUUGAGGAAAUGGUAGAACAAGAUUUACCUCAGGCAAUGCAACUUCUGAGUGAGAUGAAUCAAAGUGUUGAAUCUGUGACAAAGCUUGUUGACAAUAUGUUAAGUCAAGUGAAGAAGGGGGAGAUGUCAACUGAUUCUGGUUUGAGCUUUCUUGAAAUGAAAUACCAUAUGUUGCUAAGCUACCUCAUCAACAUUACAUAUGUAGUGUUGCGGAAGGUAUCUGGAAAUAAAAUUGAGAAUGACCCUGCAAUUGACCGCCUGGUUGAGAUAAGAACAGUGCUUGAGCGUAUUCGACCUAUUGAUCAUAAACUUAAGUAUCAAAUAGAUAAGUUAGUCAAAGCAGCUGUCACUGGACAGACUGAUGCCAAUGAUCCUAGCCAGUUUCGUGCAAAUCCUGAGAACUUUGCUAACAAGUUGGGAGAAUCUGAUGAGGACAGUGGAAGUGGAGAUGAUUCUGAUGAUGAAAACUCAGAAAGCAAGGAUAAAAAGAAGUCUGGUGUCUAUGUCCCUCCCAAACUUGCAGCUGUGCACUAUGAUGGUGAUGAGACAACAAUGUCCAGACAACAAAAGCAGUUAGAAAGGGCCAAAAAACGAGCUUUGCAGAGCUCUGUCAUGCAGGAGUUAAGAGAGGAGUAUAUGGACACGCCAACAGAAAUAUCACAGGCUACAGCUACUCAAACUGUAUUAUCUCGUCAACACAGAGAACGGGAAGAGUAUGAAGAAACCUAUUUCACUCGCUUACCUGUCAGCAAACAGCAGAAGCACAAGUCUCGCCGUCUUACCACUCUUGGUACUCUUGGAGAUGACUUAACUAGGUUUGGUGACAUAAGUGUCUUGGAAGGUGGCUCUGGAACUUCAGCAAACCCAAAAAAGAGGAAAUCAUCAGCUGCUAAGGGAAAAAAGAAAGGAAAGAAGAGGAAGCUCCAUUGAAACAUUCUCAAUUAAUACAAAUAGAGCUGAAAUCACACCUUCUGAAGAUUUUUUUUUUAAAUAUUCUGUUCUUCUUUGUUUUUGCUUUCUGUUUUCUUUUUUUGUUUGAAUGUUUUGUAAUAUUCAUCUUUUGUAAUUUAUUUUCCGCCCUAAUUUCUGCAAUAUUUUUCUUUGGAGUAAUGAGGGCUUAAUUUAUGCAAUAAGGUAGGAUGUAGGUUUAUUAUUUACAUUAACCCAUGGGAAACGUGAAUGUAUAUUGCUUCAGUGUUGUGUAGUUUUAAAUUGAAAGGUGGGAUAUUGAAUGAAUCAUCCACUACUUCAUAAUUUUAGAUAUUUGCUCUGUUUCAACAUCAAUACGAUGUUACAGUUCUAAUUUUUUGAAAUCAGUGCUGCCCGAACAUAGAUUUGAAGGCAUCGUAUGUACAAGAUGUUAUCUUAUUCUAAGAUUCAUCCUAAAUCCUGGUGAUUUCCAUAAGACUGAUUCGUGGGUACUACUUGCUGAAUUUAAUCUCAAAAAUGUAGGAAAUACUCACCUUUGUGUACAUACAACAAACAAUUGAAUUUCUCAUGUUCCCUUUUUUUCUGAUUUUGAUCGAACAUUGUGAUAUUGAUAACUUGCUCUUGACUCUUGAGCUGCAAUAACUGCCACAUAUGCCUUGGACAAUUUCAACCGCCAUAUUUUUGUACUCUUUAUUCAACAACCCCAGAAUUGUAUAUUGGUCUAUUUUGUGUAACCUCUAACCCACUGAGGUUUACUUGUAUAAUCAUUUGUGUAAUGUAUGUACUUCUGUAUUUUGUUUUAUGUCAUAUUUGAUUUGGUUUUUUUUUUUUUGGGGGGGGGGGGGAGGGGAUUAGGGUCUUAAUACCAUUUAUGUUAAAAAGGUCAAAAUUUAUUUUAAUUGUAUUUUUCUAUGCAAGAAUAGACUUAAAGAAUUUCGUUAAGACCCAAGCCAAAACAAAAACAUAUAUUGGGUACAUGUACACCAAUUGCAAUAAAUUACUGCAUUAUGCAUUAGUUUUUGAUUCUUGAAUUGAUAUAAUCUCUUCAAAAUUAUAUUUUGUAACUGAAGCAAAAACCUUCCUUUGUGAACCUGGGAAUAAAAAAAUAUCUUCUUAA